GUGUGGACCUCUCUGAACAAUAUAAAAGACACUCGUUUCUCCCAUGGGGAGAAAGAAGAUCAGAUUACUCCCCUUCAGACAAGCCAGAAGAUGACGUGGCUCUCGACUAAUUUCCAGAAAGCUGCUGGGAUGGACACGUCUAAUAGGAAAAUCCUGGUGCUGGUUUUGAUGUUGCUGCUGUCUCAACUGGCCUGUGAUGCUCACAGUGUGUCUGAGUGCUGCAGAGAACCGUCUCGCUCCUGUCGCCUCUAUGUGUUGCUGUGUCGCUCUGGCAGCAACACCUCAGGGAGAACGCUUACAGGAGAUGCUGCCGCUGGCAUCCUCACUCUGGGUAAACGGAAAGAAGAUGAGGAACGCUUGCAGAGCCGACUCCACCAGCUCCUCCAAGGCUCCAGGAACCAAGCAGCAGGCAUCCUGACUAUGGGGAAGAGGACUGAAGAAAGGUCUGGGGAGCAGUACAUGGACUGGAUGGCUCAGUCAAGAACUACCAUCACAACGCCCCUGCCUGAUUUAAGCUAAAUACCUCAUGGUAUAAGUAUACUGAGACUGUAGGUACAAAAAAAAAUUUCACUUAUUUGGUGAGUGUUAUUUCAACAAAUGUAUAUUUUACUGCUUAUGUAGAAACAUUUUUGUGAUUUUCUUUGAACUGUGACCGCAUGAGAUAACUCUAGAACAAUGUGUAAUUGUGUACAUAUAUGGACAAAACCUUGUAGUGUAAUAAAAUAUGU